AUGAGGCUCACCAUUCUAGCAUUGCUUCUAUGCCUUACUGUGGUUUUGGCCCAGGAGGCGAUGCCCCGCCUGCGCUACAGGGCCGUAUUCCAAGAGCAAGGGAAAAAGGGCAAGAAACCCUAUCCCGUUAAGGGCGGCAAGGAAAAACUCGAGAAACAAAUCGACGAUAUUCAAAGAAAGGUAGCCGCUGCCAACGAGUCAGUCGUGCCCUUCAAGGGCGGCAGUCUCAAAGGUCUCACUGGGCUGUUGAAAGUGAACCUGGCGGUCACCAACCUCGGCAAAACCAUCGACACUACCACCGCCGUCGCAGACGCAACCAACGUCCUAUCAGCGGCCGAUUCGACGCAGGUUGGCAUAAAAUUCCUCGGUCUUCAGCCCGAUAUCAACAGCCUGCUCACCAACCUCAAAUCCAAGCGCAGGGAAUUUGACAAGGCCGGGUUUAAGAUCCUUGACGUCAGAAGUCUUAUCCGGGACUCUGUUACCAUCCAGCAGGGCAAAGCCGAUGACUUGGGUCGUUCUUUUACCAAAACUCUCGACGCCCAGUUCCAGCCCAUCGCAAAGCAAGUCAGCGCUCAGAUCCAAGGCAACUUCAGCGACGUCAUUGAGGCCUACAAAGGCCGCGGCGGCAAGAUCAAGAUCCCCCCCAAGCUCGUGCCGAAGCUCUCCCAGAUCCUCGCGAAGUUGGCCAAGGCCCUGGGCCUCGGCAAGAUGGACAAGGGUAUGAUGGUGGACAAGAACAUGAUGGUGCUGGUUGGGCUGGUGGCCCCCGAGACCGACGCCGCCACCCCCGAGCCUGACUCCGCCGCCGCCGCCGAGGCCGCCGCCAUGACGGAGCUGCUCAACGCCGAGGCCGCGAGCGCCGAAAUCGCCGCCGCCGACACGGCCGAGGCGAACGCCGCCGCCCAGGAGGCCCUCCUGGCGACGCCGGACGCGGAACUGAUGAGCCUCGGCGAGAACGAGAACGAUCUCCGCGGCAUCUCGCCUGUUGUCCUGGACGUUUUACGCUCAUUCGAAAUCAUCUAA